AUGGGUUCAAAUUUUUCUCUCGAAAAUAACACCAAAAAAAAUAAAAUAUUUUAUAAAUACAAUAGCAAUAGCAACACAUAUAAUUAUUAUAAUGACAGAAACAAUCAAUGUAAUGAAAAUGAAAAUCCAUCAAAUAUUAAUAAUAAUAAAGUAAAAAAUAAUUUAAAUAUUAAUAAUAACAAUGGCUCUAUAAAUAAUAGUACCAAUAGUAUAAAUGAACAACUAACCAACUAUGAACAAAACACACUAAAGGACAGUUCAAAAUAUGGAUUUUAUAAAUGGACUCAUAUAAAUAACUUUGAAGGCGAUGCCCCAUCAUCAAGAUAUGCCCAUACAAUGGUACCUGUUGAUACAAAUAUAUUUAUUUUUGGUGGAUAUAAUGGUUUAUAUUUAAAUGAUAUUCACUAUUUCGAUACAAUUAAAAAUGAAUGGAUUUUAGUAAAAACCAAUGGACCAUCACCAAUUAAAAGAGCAUUUCAUAGUUCAUGGUAUUGGUCUAAAGGUAAAAAACUAUUUAUUUAUGCAGGUUUUAAUGGCAAAACUAUACUAGAUGACCUGUACUCUUUGGAUAUUGAAACUAUGACAUGGAAACAAGAGACCACCUGUGGUGCAAAACCAACCCCAAGAUUCGAACAUACAACAUCAUUAAUCGGUGACGAAGUUUAUUUAUUUGGGGGUGCAAACGAUGCCAACUGGCUAAACUGCAUCUAUGUUUUAAAUCUACAAACCAAUCAAUGGAGGAAUGUAACAUUUUUACAAGGCGACCAUCCACCAAAGAGAUGUGCUCAUUCUGCCAUUGUAAGAGGUACAAGUAUAUUUAUAUUUGGCGGCUAUGAUGGCAAAGACAGAUUAAACUCACUCUAUGAAUACGACACAAUAACAAAAAAAUGGAUAGGAAUAUCGUAUCACAACAGAAAACGAAUAGGAAGAGCUGCACACACCUCAUCACUUAUAAAUGACUCUAUGGUACUGUUUGGCGGUUACGACGGAAGUCAUCGUCUAAAUGAUAUCUCAAUUUUUAAUACAAUUCAUAAAGAAUGGAGACCCUCGAUAAUAACUGGAGACUGCCCAUCUGUACGAUCUUAUCAUUGCUCUGUAACUAUAAAUAACAAAUUUUAUACAUUUGGUGGAUUUGGUGAAACUACAAGACUAAAUGAACUCUAUGUUUUAGAACAAUACUUCCCCUCAUUAACAGAAAUUUGCCUAUUAAAAUUAUUAAUCCAAAAUCAACAAAGUCAAAACCAAAACCAAAGUCAAAAUCAAAAUCAAAUACAGAAUCAAAAUCAAAAUCAAAACCAAAAUUUAAUUCAAAACCAAAAUCAAAAUAAUUAUAGCAAUAUUAAUAAAAAUAAUAAUAAUGGUGAAAAUACUAUAGAUUUUUUAAAAAGAACUCAUUAUACAAUCGGUGAACAAAUCAGCAACUUCAAUUUUAAAAAAUAUUGGUGGUCCGAUUGA